UCCAAAAUCAUUGAGCAGCUGUCAGAGGUGUCCAACAAAGCGCAAAGGCUAGGAACAGAAACCAUGUCUCAGGUUAACCAGUCGUUUUCACGCAGGAGCAUGUCCAGCUCCAGUUCCAGUUCUCGUCCCUUCACCUCGCUCUCGCUCAGCGGGGGAUACUCCAAGCGCAUCGCCGUUGGUCAUGCGCCAAGUGUCUAUGCAGGUGCAGGGGGCUCCAGCGUGCGCGUCUCUUACGCACAGGGUUCCAGGAGCAGUUUCGACCUGGCCAGCGCGCUCGGCGGAGGCGGCGGCGGUGGAGGUGGAGGUGACAAUGGGUUCGGUGUGGCUUUGAACGAGAAGGCCACCAUGCAGAACCUCAACGACCGUCUGGCGAGCUACCUGGAGAAGGUGCGCUCCCUGGAGAAAGCCAACGCGCAACUGGAGCGCCAGAUCCGGGAGUGGUACGACAAGAGGACCCCUGUCUCCAGAGACUACAGCCACUAUUACGUCACAAUUGAAGAUCUGCGCAAAAAAAUCAUUGUCGCCAGCCAGGACAAUGCCAGAAUCAUCCUUCAGAUCGACAAUGCCAAACUGGCAGCUGAGGACUUCAGAGUCAAGUAUGAGAAUGAGUUGGCCCUGCGUCAGUCAGUGGAGGCUGACAUCGCCGGUCUAAGGAAGGUUCUGGACAGCCUCACUAUGUCUCGCUCGGACCUCGAGAUGCAGAUCGAGGGUCUGAAUGAGGAGCUAGUCUACCUGAAGAAGAACCAUGCAGAGGAACUCGCAGCUAUUCGCUCUCAAAUGUCCUCCAGCAACGUAAACGUAGAGGUUGACGCUGCACCUCAGCAAGACAUGGCCCGCAUCAUGGAGGAGAUCCGACAACAGUAUGAAGGCGUCAUCGAGAAGAACCGCAGAGACAUGGACUCAUGGUACAAGGGCAAAUUCGACGAACUGAACAAGCAGGUCUCCACCAAACAAGAAGACCUUACAAUGUCCCGCAGUGAAAUCAAUGAGCUCAAGAGGACACUUCAGAGCUUGGAGAUCGAACUACAGUCACAGCUCAGCAUGAAAGCGGCACUUGAAGGCACACUGGGAGAGACAGAGUCACGCUACAACCUUCAGCUCAGCCAAUUGCAGGCUUUCAUUAACAGUCUGGAGGUGGAGCUUUCUCAGGUGCGCAUGGACAUCGAAAGACAGGGGAACGAAUACAAACUGCUCCUGGACAUCAAAACCAGGCUAGAGAUGGAGAUUGCAGAGUACAGGAGACUUCUGGAUGGAGAGGAGAUUCAGAAACAGACAAUCAAAGUUGUAGAGGUUGUAGCUGCUCCUCCUCCCCCCAAGCCCGAACCUGUGGUGACCAAGCGUGUUCGCACAGUAAUCGAAGAAGUGGUUGACGGAAAGGUCGUUUCUCGCACAGAGGACGUUGAUGUCGAGGUCGUGAAGAAGUAAAAGUGACAGCAAUGAGCUCUGUAAAGCCGGCAUAAAUUUUAAGCCUCAAUACCGCUGAUUAAAUUAUCCCUGUUCAACAUCUCAUGUAAAAAUGUGACGAAGAAUAAAAAAAUAUAAGAUGAGAAA